GUCAAAAGAAAACCUCUGCUACAAUAUUAGAUCAUGAUGAAAUCAUCACUGUUAAUCAGACUUUCGUAUGGCACAUUAUGUCGCCAAUAGACAAAGGGGAACUGCUCACCAUCACCCUUCUGGAGAAACAGCGCUUUGUCGCUUCACGUGUGGUGGGGAAGUACCGGCUCGGUCUUCAGGUGGUGGUCGACGAUGGGAUGAUCCCCAUCUCUGAUUCUCUCGUAGACGACGACAACCAACCCGUACCGGCAUUCCUUGAAAUGGACGUAUACUAUAAACCACCCAUCCCGCCUUCUCGCGCCAAAGAGCUUGAGGUUGGAACACAUGCAGCAUUGGAUCCACCAGGGAAAGCCCGUCUCUCUGCACCAGCGAUUCCAAAAGAGGUUCAAGCCGGACCAAGCCGUGAGUUAACCCUGGAUCCAAAUGCAAAGACACCAACACCAGAUUACGAUGACACAGGCCUUGAAGAUUUGCAACGCAAUUUCGCCAACCUUGAACGAAUUUUGCAGAGCACAGACACAAUUAUUGAUAUGGACGCUUAUGUAGAAGACGAAAUACCACGGUCACGAAAAAUUAAGGCAGUCGGAAAGCGGCUCCUCAGACGAGGUCUAUCCGUGAGCGCCGAAAAAAUCCCAGUUCGAGAAAGAAAUACCAAACGCGUGUCCACAUUUAAAUCAAUGAGAAGCUUUAUUGGUCUCGGAAAGAACCGAUUACAAGACAGUAGUGGAGAUGAAGAGUAUGGUCUGCUAGAGUCUCUGCCGGGACCUUCAAGUGAACCAGAUAUCGUCUACAGUCAGCUCAGAUCCUCUAUGUCGUCUGACGAACCAUUACUCGAUCCACCAUCACCAGUUGAAACACCGAAAACAAAGAAAAUGUAUGUUAUUAUUCUAUAUCAAUAUAUUUAG